GUAACUGGAUCCAGUAACUGCUGACGGUUCUGGAUGAGCUCAUCCUGGCAGACGGUGCUGCUGGACCCAAAGGCCUGAAGGUUCACUGGUUAUUAACAGAACCGGUGGAACCAGAUGGGUUCAGCCCGGUUCCUCAUGGCGGGCUGGACUGGGCCACCAUAACAGAACUGAUUUGGUUCUGUUGCAGAUCUGCUGCUCUGUUCGGGUUCUCGGUUCUGUUGUGACCCUGGACCAGAUGGAUCCCUCAGCCUGACCCAUCCUCCGCCCUGCCUGGCAGCUGGUUCAGGUUCUGAUGGUGUUGGGUUCAUUUUGAGUUGAUUAAAAAUGAGACGGAACCAGAACCAGAGGAGUUCUGCUGGGGCUUAGGUCCAGUCAGAGUUCAGAGCGUGUUCCUCUGACCCCGACCAGCCGGUUCUGCUGGUACCGAGGUUCGGACCUCCUGGUGGUUCCCUCAGCAGUGUGUCUGGGUUUGAUGAUGCUGCCGAUUCUGGACGGUUAGAACUGGGUCCAAACUCCUGGGUUUGUGUUUUAGAAAAGGUUCUGGAGGUCGACCCGUCUUGCGUAAAGCAGAGAACAGAACCUGCUGGAACAGACGUCUGGGACAAACAUCCUGUUGACCGGAGCGUGUUUACAGGUCGGUCACAUGCGGCCUGUUUGUCCCGGCCCACGGGGACAUGUGACGCGGUGGGAGGGGGGGCUUUCUGUGGAAAGGUCCUGCAGGCGGAUCGGGUGUCACCAGCUGAGAGGCUCCUAUAAAGGAGCGGGCGGGCCGGGCCGGGCCCAGAAUAGAACGCAGAGGACUUCCAGAGGACGGCUCUCAUCACAGCCACAGACAUCAUGGACCUACAGCGGACGGGCUCGGUGCUGCGGCCCCCCAGCCCCAUGGACAGCCUGGAGAAGCAGCUCAGCUGCCCCAUCUGCCUGGACAUGUUCACCAAGCCUGUGGUCAUCCUGCCCUGCCAGCACAACCUGUGCCGCAGCUGCGCCAGCGACCUCUACGACUCCCGCAACCCCUACCGCUUCUCCGGCGGCGUCUUCCGCUGCCCCACCUGCCGCUUCGAGGUGGUGCUGGACCGGCACGGCGUGCACGGCCUGCAGCGCAACCUGCUGGUGGAGAACAUCAUCGACAUCUACAAGCAGCAGCAGGAGGGGAAGGGCGAGAGCACGGACGGCCUGAAGCCCAAGGAGUCCAAGGAGCCCAUGUGCCAGGAGCACGAAGACGAGCGCAUCAACAUCUACUGCCUGAGCUGCCAGCUGCCCACCUGCUCCAUGUGCAAGGUGUUCGGCCAGCACAAGGACUGCGACGUGGCGCCGCUCGCCGCCAUCUACGACGCCCAGAAGGGCGAGCUGAGCAACGCCAUCGACGCGCUGGUGUCCAGCAACGGGCGGCUGCAGGCGCUGCUGCACCAGAUGGAGGACGCCUGCCGCGCCGUGCAGGAGAACGCCCAGCGGGCCAAGCAGGGCCUGGCCGAGCGCUUCGACCUGCUCUACGCCGUCCUGGAGGAGCGCAAGGCCGUUCUGCUGGAGCAGGUCGGGAAGGAGCAGGACGAGAAGGUGGCGGCGCUGCGGGCGCUGGCCCAGCGCUACGGCGAGCGGCUGCAGUCCAGCUCCGAGCUGACGGACACGGCCGUGAGGGCGCUGGAGCAGAGCGGCGCCGCAGAGUUCCUGCUGGCCUCCAAGGGCCUCAUCACCCAGACGAAGGACGCCGCCAAGGCCUCGCUGGGCGAAGAGCGGCCCGAGCCGGGCUUCGAGAAGAUGGACCACUUCGCUCUGUCCACGGAACACGUGGAGGCGGUGCUGUCUAAGAUGGACUUUGGAGCGGCGGAUGACGAGGAGUUUGAAGACGCGGAGGAGGAGGAAUGAGGGGUCAGGGGUGAAAGGUCGCGCUGACGUCAGCAGAACUUUUUUAUACUUUUCUAUUCUGGUUUAGAUCAGAUGUUUGUUCGUUUGCUUCUGUCUUUGCUCUAAUAAAGAUGUGUCUCUGUCUCUGGGUUCGCUGCCUCUUCUGUCUCCCGCCCGCCGCGUUUCAGCGCCGGGUUCACCGGGUCGGCCGCUAUUUUAGGGGGUGAGAUGAUGGCGUCCAGGAAUAGGCUCCCUGAAACCCCCCACUCAUGGAAAUCUUGCUCAGCACCUCCGACCUGAAUGUGAAGUGUCAGAGAGGCGAGCUAAGAAAAGCCCGGUUCUAAAUAGGGCUGGUACCGCCAGAACCAGCUGCCUCCCCUCCUCCAAAUGUUUCUGUUGCCCCGCGGCGCCGGCCGUUGCUAGGAGACCGACCCCAGCAAGCGCUGAUAAACGCAGCAGCUGCGACCUGAAGCUGUCAGCUUAUCUGGAGGAAUGCAGCGGCACCGACCCGACCCGCUUUCCCGACCCGCCGCUGAAAGGAUGAAGGCUGAGUGAUAAACACCGUCCUAAAAUAGAACCAGAACCAGAACCCGGCUGUAAUCUGAGCCGCUCGGCUCCACAGAUGGAACCGGGAGGUUCAGGGGCCACAUCAUCAUCAUCAUCGUCAUCAUCAUCAUCAUCAUUUAGUUUAAUCCUUUUAUUCGUCUCUUAAAAACUGAUUGUAGUUUUCUAGUGUUAAACCCACAGAGUCCAGACGGUUCUGACGGGUCGGUCCGUUCAGGACCUGCUAGAGAAAUCUGGACCGGUUCUGUUCAGAACUUCAGGACCUCAAAGAAACUUUUCAAACUAAUUUUAGAUUGAAGUUUGUUUUUCAGUUUCCAGCCGCUGCUGGCUGGGUUAGGGGGCGGGGCUUAGAUGACUGAGCUAAAUAUUCCCAGCUGGUGCGUUCAGGAACAGUGGGAAACAGAAAUGUCUCUCAUUUCAUUUUAAAACCUAAACUGCUUCUCUAAUCUAAGCUUAGACCCGUCCGGUUCUGUUGCUUUGCUGAGCAGGUCAAAGGUCACAUCCCUGAUUUAUUCACUGGGUUCCUAUGAUGCUAACAAACAGCCAGUCUGUGGCAAAGUGAUGAAUUUAUCUUUAUUUUAAGUCU